CCAACUACUAGUCCUGCACUUGUAUUCGUACUCUUCUAUUUUUUUCCUCACGUUUCUCGUUUAUUUUGUCGUGAUCUUGUAGCGGCAAGAACAUUUCAAUCUUUUAACUUCUUUAGAUUUCCAGAACUUCCCUUCUGUCCGAUCUCUCUCUUUCCUUGACUCUCCUGCAAUAAAGAGUUCUCCAAAUCUACAAACCCUCCAAAAUCUCAAAAUCCUUUCACCCUCAAAACUUGCACAAGAUCUACCAAGAAAUCCAAAGAGCUCAAACCUCUCUCCCUCUUGUCUUUGGAACUCCAAAUAUUUGUAUCAAUAACCGAGAGCCGUGUAUAGUUUGUUUUUUUUAAAAAAGUAACUUUUUUGGUGGCUUUGGCUUUAAGAUGCUGCAGCUUUUCUUUACGGUGGCUUUCUCUGCGGUGCCUUUGACUUUGUACAUUCCACCUAUGAGGAGCUUGAAUCUCUUUGUGGAAACCAUGGAAGGACUGUUAAGGGAGUCAAGAGUUUAUACCACGAGACUCUAUCCUCGUGCAAGGCACGCGUGGUCUAGGUUCUUGGAUAUCUUGCUUUGUAAUUUCAGGUUAGGGUAGAAGAGGAUGUUCAUGUACAUUCUUCUUCUUCUUCUUACCUGCUUUAUUUUUACGGUGUUAGAACUGAUGUAGAUUGCAAUAAGUUGCUGUUACUUUAAUUUUAAUUUUGCUGGAUGUGUUUAUGAUUUUGUGCGGGAUUACGAAUCAUAGAGAAAAGCUUGAGGGUUGUUAUAAGGAUGCUAUAUAAAUUAAGAGUAAAUAAAGGAUGGUUUUCUCUCU